UUGAUUUAUCGCUGGAUUACUUCAACCAAGAGCAGCGAGAAAACGAGUCGACGCGCAUCAAGAUGUUGCUGCGCGUUUUGCUCUCGCGGCAGUGAGCAAAUGUGAUUCGUUCCAACCAUUUGGAGUUUUGUCCAUGGAUAAAUUUCGAUGCAUGUUUCUGUGGAUAGUGAAGGAACAAAUAUGAGCACACUUAACUAAAGUGGUCAACAAAACGCGGCUUGACGACGGCGGGCAUGGAACAAGGCGAGUUGUUCGUCUCAAUCUCUGGUAAGAACAGAUAAACAUAUGGAUUAUGGAACAACAAAUGGAAACCCUUGACCCAAUAAGUUAACUUUUAAGCUGUUGCAUGUGGGCACAUCAAGGAAUGGCACAGUCUGGAAACCCAGCAGUCACUCUACGCCUGCAGAUAUUGAUUUUGUCCAUCGGCUGUGCGUUGAUAUUUUUUAGUCGUUUAUCCACCGCCUCACCAGCACACAACCAGCGUUUGAUAUGCUGGCAGGCCAUCAUGAAGUGCCAAGGAGAACCGGAGUGCCACUACGCGUAUACUCAGUAUCUACACGCGUGCGGUCCGGUGAUAAACGGGAAUAGGAAGAAAUGUCCUAGCCACUGCAUUUCUUCCAUCAUUCAGCUCAACCUUACUGUGAACGGCCCGGCACUGGAGGACUGCGAAUGCUCCUCGGACACUUUAUGCAAGAUGACCAAGCGAGCCAUCGAGCCCUGUAUGCCCAGAACCAGCCACAUGGGCUGCACCGAAGCCCGUAAGCAGUGCGAGAUGGAUCCCGAGUGCAGCACGGCCAUGAGGGACUAUCUGUAUCACUGCAGGAAACUGUUCGGAGGAGAGCGCUGCUCGGACGAUUGCCGGCGGGUCAUCACGAACAUGCGCUCCAUUCCCAAAGCCCAGCUCCUGGACACUUGCGUGUGCGACGGCACAGAAAGGGCCAUAUGCGAGUAUGUCAAAGUCAGCAUGAAAAACUUCUGCUUUACCGACAGAUAUGGCGGUAGUGGUUUUUCAGAUACCGAGGACGACCUGGAGGACGACUACGAGACGGAUUACGAGGACGAAGAGAGUGAUGCCUGGGAAUUAAGAGCACAACAGUUUUCGAUUGUGGUGUCCACCAUUUUAACACUUUUUUUAUUUUAUUAA